GUCUAGCAAUGAAAUCGAUUAUCUUCCACCAGACAUAUUUCAAAAUAUUUCCAUAGUGGGAUCAAUUGACUUGUCAUUCAACAAUUUGCGGUCCAUACCAGAUGGCUUAUUCAAUAAGCUUGGAACAUUACAAAUUCUGAUGAUUAGCUUCAACAACAUCUCCAACAUCAACAAUCGCACCUUUGAAGGACUCUCAAGCUUGAAGACGCUCAUGCUGAUAAAAAACAAACUGACAUUUAUUUCCAACGGUGUUUUUGAUGAAACUGCUUUGCAAUCAGUUUUUCUUCACAGUAAUGCCAUCAAAACGAUUGGAAGUGAAUCCUUUAGCAGACUUAACCUGAAACAACUUACUAUCUUUGAUAAUCCUCUACACUCGUUACCAGAUGGAAUGUUCGACAAAAUGGACACUGAAACCAAAGUCUGUGGGCCUCAUCCCAGUGGCUCCAGAUGUCGUAACUGCUCUCUUUGUCAAGUUGGUUAUUUCAUGCACGCCAAACAGAUGUGUGUCAAGUGUCCUGCAGGUGGUUUUUAUCAGGAUGAAUUGGGACAAGUUGAUUGCAAAAGAUGCAGCAUUGGUACAUUUGUGUCUGAAACGCGACAUCCUGGGACAAGUCCUACGGACUGUGUGGCAUGUCCAUACGGUACCCUCUCCAACGAGACUGCGGAAUAUCGAGCAUGCAGAUGCCUUCAAAACUUUUAUCGGUUGGAUCGUUUUGGUCCGUGCUCAGCCUGUCCACCACACGGUUUUGUUUGUGAGAAAGAUACAGCAGUACUUGCUCCUAACUUCUUCUGGAAAUGGUCAAAUCAGUUUGAAAAAGAAUUCUUUAAAGGUUUUGUUAAUAACAUCCACUCUUCUAAACAAGACUACGACAAGUUAUAUUCUACGUUUAAUACUUUACUUCCAAACCCACUCAAAUGUCCUUAUGCCAGGUCUUGCGAGGGUGGAAUCGACUCUAAAUGCCACCAUGGAUAUAAAGGAGUUCUGUGUGCAACCUGCUCUAACGGCUUUUAUUUCCGAUUUCACGCUUGCUUGAAAUGUCCUCGGUUAACUCUAACAGUUACUUCAUCCAUCUUGGUAAUUUCUCUUUUUGUUGCUGUGUUUCUAAUGGUUCUUUGGGGUGACUCCAAACGUGCAGAGAAUAACCGGACGGUUGCAGAUGUCGUCAUGUCGUGCUUUAAGAUUGUGAUUGGUUUUUACCAAGUCAUUGCUGGAAUUUUCUCGGCAUUAGCGAAAGUCCAGUGGCCAGUCAUUUUGUUCUCAACGGAGAAGGUUCUAAAAGUGUUUGAAGGGAACAUCUUGCAGUUUGCGCCACUAAGCUGCAUUCAUUCUUCCCUGCGUCUCGAUGAGCUCGGAAAGUUCACAGUGAUCGUUGCUUUAAAUGUCCUACUUGUCGGCUUGAUUUGCCUUUAUCUUUUCGUUAAAAGAAGCUACAUUAUAAACAAAACCGACCGUACCGAAAGCCAAAAAAUGAGGGAAAUUAAGAGUUUGAAGAAAUCUUGCUAUCGGAACAUUUUCCUAUUGUUGUUAACGACCUACCCCACGACGAGCAAGUCGAUUAUUCAGAUUCUACCUCUUCCCGGUGCGUGUGUAGAAACGUGUUUCUCAAACGAAAAGCUCGACUGUAUCUUCCUGCUGAGAGCUGACUACUCAAUCAAGUGUUUCACUCCUCGCCACAGCUUGUAUUGGCUCAUGGCCUCUCUUCUGGCAUUAUAUCCCGUAGGAUUUCCACUUUUGGCUUUGUUUCUCACUUACAAAUAUCGUGAGUCCCAUGAAAACGAAGCAGUCUCUUUCGGGCUCAGAGUGUUCUUUGAAAACUACAAGAAGAAAUUUUGGUUUUGGGAGGUUACAGAGAUGUACCGCAAACUGAUAUUGAUCUCACUGAUUUUCCUAUUUGGAUCUAAAAGCCUUACUCAAAUCGGUCUCACAGUUCUGACAGCCAGCGUCUUUGGAGUGCUCUACACCGUAUUCCGACCAAUCAAGGACAAGUUUGAAGACCGCUUACAAACAUUUGUUCUUUGGAUAAUUUUCUUUGAUGUUUGCCUAGGCGCUGUUUACACAAACUGGGAUGAGAAUCAGGGAGAGGACAAGAACGACUCCAUCUUCGUAAAUUUCCUGUUUCUGGUCCUUAACGCUUCUGUAUUGUUAUUUGCCAUUGGAAAGGGAAUAUCACAUGUGAAAUUAAUCCGCAAGUACUUUUCCUUCUGCCCGAUGAGAUGUUUCAAUUCCCUUCGCCAAGGACUGGCGCUUCUUAAGAAUAAAGCGGUCACCACAACACCUGAAGAAUCAUUCUUGAUCUAGGAUGGCACCUAAGAGCCUCGCCGAUACAUUUUAUCUAUAAAGUUGUAACAUAUCUCGAAAAAAAAAAACGACAACAAUAACAAUAAGAACAACACCAACAACAGAAACAUAGUUGAGUUGGUUUACCUUGGACGGCUUGAUUACUUCUUUCGCGUUAUCGUUCAUGAUCAAGCUUUAACACCCCACCCCUCGGCAACUCAACGGCUUUUGACAGUCGUCCGUGCCCUAAGGGUGCGCAAUUUGAACCUUGCCUAGCUGGAUGGGAAAUUUGAAACGGAAGUGUUUAGUCUUUCCAUCGAAAUACAAGCGUUAUAUCUUUAAAUAUCGAGGUGCUUAAAUCUAAAGAAUUAACUUUCGCCAGCGAAACCGGCUAAGAAGGAGAGGUGUGCAAUCUUAAGGUAUUAAAGCUUAGUCAAUGUGAAGAAAGUCAGAUCACGGUCGCCGAUCUUGCAUUUUACCCAAAAAAUUGACUAUUAAGUCCAGCACUUGGUCAGGGCAUUUGAACACGAUUCAGCCUGGCCCCGCAUACGGGAAAUUGAACAAAUCAGCCUUUAAAAGUUCAAAUGGCUGGAGUUUGGGGGUUGGCCAAUGUACGGCUAACAGUUAAUAUCUCUUCAUUGCGGUCACCAGAAUUUUUUUUCACCGUUUUCUUUUUUUAAGGGCUAACGGUUAAAAUUUGUCAUUAUUUUUGCUUAAUGGCAGGCUGUUCUUUUGGCCUUUUUACUGCUAUCGGUUAACCUCAUUGCGAGCCUUUUGAAGUUUGUUAUCACAGAAAUUGUUUCCUGUAAUUUACUAUUUUAUGAAAAUAAUAUUUUCAAUUUAAGUAUUAACAUUAACCAUGUUAUUGAUAUUGGUGUUUGCAUUAUCAUCGUCAUUUACUGACAAGAAUGAGCGCACUAGUUCG